AUGGCUCGACUCACGCUCCUCAAGCUGCUUGCGGUGCCCUGGCUCCUGCUCGCCGGCCUCGUGUCCGGCGACGCAGUGCUGGAUCUCCAGAACAAAGGCAGGCCCAACAUCGACGCCCAAAUUGCCAAGGGCGACCUCUCGGUGGCCGAGAGGAAGGCCUACAUCGCCGCCAUGCUAUGCAUCAUGCAGAAGCCGUCCAAGCUGAAUCCGACCCAGUUCCCCGGCGCCAAGUCGCGGUACGACGACUUCGUCGUCGUCCAUAUGAACCAGACCCUGAGCAUCCAUAACACGGGGAGCUUCCUCUCGUGGCACCGCUACUACACCUGGUCCUUCGAGCGAGUCCUGCGGGAGGAGUGCGGAUUCAAUGGCACCCAGCCGUAUUGGGACUGGGGACGCUGGGCCCAGGACCCGGAGAAGUCUCCGAUCUUUGACGGCAGCGACACCUCUCUCAGCGGCAACGGCGAGAAGAUCCAGCACCGCGCCUCGGGCAUCGUGCCCGCGGGCAACGGCGGCGGCUGCGUCAAGACCGGCCCCUUCAAGAACAUGACAGUGCACCUCGGCCCGGUCUCGCCGCUGACCGACCCCGCCCCGCCGGCGAACCCGCGCGCGGACGGGUACGGCGACAACCCGCGGUGCCUGCGGCGGGACAUCUCCAACCAGCUGAGCAGCCGGUACCUGCGGACGCAGGACAUCGCGAACCUGAUCACGUCCUCGGGGGACAUCGGGACCUUCCAGAACACGAUGCAGAGCGUCGGCGGCGGCGGCGGGUUCGGCUUCGGCUCCGGGUUCGGCUCCGGUUCCGGCUCCGGCGCCGGGGUCACGGGAAUGGGCGUGCACGCGGCCGGCCACUACACCAUCGCGGGCGACCCCGGCGGCGACUUCUACACGUCGCCCAACGACCCGGCCUUCUGGGUGCACCACGGCAUGAUCGACCGCACGUGGACCAUCUGGCAGAGCCAGGACCUGGGCGCGCGCACGCAGGUGAUUGCGGGGAGUUCGAGCAUGAUGGGGUUUGGGCGGGCGCAGAGCCUGGACGAUCUCGUGGAUCUCGGGGUGGUGGGGAAUAAGGUGUACCGCAUUCGGGACCUGGUCAGCGUGGUGGAUGGGCCGUUUUGCUAUGUCUACGAGUGA